AUCUCUACAUGUAUGCCGUCCUCGUGUGCUGCAUUGGGAUCCUCAGUGUCCUGCUCUUCACGCUGGUCAUCCUCUGGCAGUCUGUGUUCCACAAGAGAAAAUCCAGAGUGAGACAUUAUCUGGUGAAAUGCCCUCAGAACAGCUCAGGGGAGACUGUCACCAGUGUGACCAGCUUGGCCCCACUGCAGCCCAAGAAAGGGAAGAGGCGGAAGGAAAAGGCUGAGCUUCCUCCUGCCGUCCCGGCCAAAGCUCCGAUAGUCACUCCGUUCCAUAAACCGAAGCUGCUGAAACCACAAAGGAAAGUCACCCUGCCCAAGAUUGCCGAGGAGAACUUGACCUACGCCGAACUGGAGCUGACCAAGCCCCACCAGGCUGCCAAGGGCGUCCCCACCAACACCGUCUACGCCCAGAUCCUCUUCGAAGAGAACAGGCUGUGACAUCAAGGCUGAGCUGCGGGUCUGUGUAGUACCUGCCACUCAGUUAUUUAUGAAACUUUGCAGACAAAGG